AGUGGAGUCACUGAGAGAUACUGUUAAAUGGAGAGCUAAGUGGGUGGGGCCGAGAACACUCCUGGUUGAUCCUGGUGAUUCCUGGAUGCUGAUGCGAAUGGGGAAGUAGAGUCCUGCUGAUGAUUGAUGUCUUCUUGGGCCUUUUCCCCAGUGGCAGCCUUCAAAGGUAGCCAGAAAUGGAAAGGAAAGUGAACAGAAUCUGUCUUGCUUCUGAGCCCAACAUAACUUACUUUCUGCAAGUGUGUUGGGAGGGAACAGUAGGAUCUGGUUUUGUUAUUACUCUGACCGAUGGCCAUUCAGCCUGGACUGCAACAGUUUCUGAGUCGGAGAUUUCCCGAGAAGCUGAUGACAUGGCUAUGGAGAAAGAAAAAUACGUGGACGAACUGAGAAAAGCAUUGGUGUCUGGAUCAGGAGCAGCAGACACAUACAGGUUCAUCUUUGCUAAAGAGUCUUGCCACUUCUCCAUUGAGAAAGAACUGAAGGAUGUCUCAUUUAGACUUGGUUCCUUCAACCUAGACAAAGUUCCAAACUCAACUGAAGUCAUUAGAGAACUCAUUUGUUACUGCUUGGACACCAUUGCAGAAAAACAAGCCAAAAACGAGCACCUGCAGAAGGAAAACGAAAGGCUCCUGCGAGAUUGGAAUGAUGUUCAAGGCCGAUUUGAGAAAUGUGUGAGUGCCAAAGAAGUCUUGGAGGCUGAUCUGUAUCAAAGAUUUGUCUUGGUGCUGAAUGAGAAGAAAACAAAGAUCCGAAGCUUGCAUAAGUUGUUAAAUGAAAUCCAGCAGCUGGAAAAGAACAUGAAACCUGAAAGGGAAACUGCAUGUUCUGAAAAAACAGCUGACCCAGAUGCAAUUUAUGAUGGAAGUACCGAUGAAGAAAGUGGAGCUGCCAUGCUGGCUGCAGCUACUCUUUGUAAAGAUGAUUCCCUGUUUUCAAGUCCUGAUGUCACUGACAUUGCGCCAAGCAGAAAGAGGAGACAUCACAUGCAGAAGAAUCUUGGGACAGAACCUAAAAUAGCUCCUCAGGAGCAGCAGCUGCAGGAGAAGGAAAAGCUUACCCCUUCACUGCCUCAGACCUUGAAAGAAGAGCAUGCUAUUGCUGCAGACAUGUCUUUAGAAACCCUGAGGAACAGCAGCCCAGAAGAUAUCUUUGAUUAGAUACAAACCCUGGAACCCGACUUCAGCGUUCAUUAAGCUAUGUUCUUCAUCCAGUUCUUUCAAAUGAAAAGACAAGCUUUCAACUUGACGUUUUCUUAAGCAUUCAGGUUGUCCUUUAAAUUGGAGUUUUGUUCCAAAUGACACAUUUAUCAUAUUCCUUUAAGUAUUAUUGUGACUUUCUAAUGACUCUUGGAAGUUUUGGGGAAUAGAAUAAAAGAUUUUUAAAUGUCCCCAGAUCUUUUUGAAUUGCACUUUAAACAACAUGUUUGAAAAGUUUUACUUAUGAGAUGACACAUAUAAAAUGUUGUAUGUAAAUAAUCUGAAAAUUCAAUAGUUAAUAAAAGUUUGUGCUCUUAGAGAAACCUUA